UGAGUGCAUUCUUGAGAUGGAAUUGCUGGGUCAUAGAAAAUGUACAGGUUCAGUGUUGCUAAAUAAUACUAUAUUGUUUCCUAGAGUGACUGUCCAGUGUACUAUAUUUUAGAAAGCUAUUUUCUUAGCAAUGAAUUACUUUAUAAAAAUAGCACUUGAUUCUAAAAUAGUUAAUCAUUAGAAAAUUUGUUAGCUUAUAGAAAUGUGAUCUAUAGAAAACCUUUCAGGAAUACUAGUAUUACUUGUAUUAAUAACCAGUUAUGAUUAAACUCAAUAUUAACUUUUUAAUAACCAGUUACAAUUAAAACUUUGCAAAAUAAUUUGCUAAUGUUUUUAUUAGACUUACAAUAUGUUUAUAUUUGGUUCAGGUAUGCUAUUUACCAUUACUUCAGAAGAACAACAAUGAAGCAUGUUAAAAUCUGUUAAUAUAGUUAUCCCUUGUCUGAUUGUUCCAUGUAUCUGUGACUACUCAUUAACCUCCUCUGGAUAACUUUUUUUUUUGCCGCGUUGCAUGGCUGGUGAGAUCUUAGUUCCACAACCAGAGAUUGAACCUGGACUCCUGGCAGUGAGGGACUCCUGGCGGUGAGAGUCCUAACAACUGAAUUACCAAGAAAUUCCCUGAACAGUUUUUUUUUCUAGUAUGUGUUCUAGCUAAACAGUGUGCACAACACUGCCACCUCACAUCCACAAGUGUUAAUACAGGUGUGAAUGUGAGGUGGGUAUGGGCAUCAUAAGUAGUUGACAGAUUUUAUUUGGUAUAUUUUACCUGAAAUCUAUUUAACAUUAAGCAUCUAUGAAAUAUGAAUAGUAGCAAAAAUGAACUCUUCUACUAUUUCUUUUCCUCUUGAAAUAAGUUCUCAAUUACCAUUUUAAUACUUAUAUACAAGUAUUUGGUGUUUACCACCUUGUUUCUUCUAUUCCCCAGUAUUUCUAUAUUACUUGCCAUAGAAUAUAAACAAGUUCUUGACAAAUUUAUUUUUUAGACCCCCUUAUUUUGUUCUCCCCUAUUAUAUAAUCUUUUACCUCAUAUUUCAAAUCAUCAAAAUUCCUCUCUCUUGUCCUUCAUCAAAACCAUCCCUGGCAGAUCUGGGAAAAACUGAAUGGGUUGUGCCCCAAACCUGCAAACAUUUUCUUACUGAUGAAAUGUGAGAAUAUUGAACUUCAAAGUCACGUGUGACCUCGGAGCAUCAGGACUCUCGUUUCUGGAUAGAGCUGUGUUUUUUGAGAGGUCUGGUAGCAAAGGGCAGGGAUGCUGUGUCCCAGCCUCACUCCAGCAUCCCCUCUGUGUGAAUCACCAGUUUGGAGGGAGCCUGCAGACGUGAACUGUCAGUAUCGGAGGUUUCCGUUGUUCAGGGUAGGACCUCACUGCCUAGGCUUGACAGCUCUGCCCAAAGGUAAACGUUUGUGGGCAAUGACUCCUUAUUUACAGUAGUCAACAUAAAACUAGCUGGGCAAGUGAUACCAAGAAGAAAGUAAGAGGACCCCCUCAAAAAGCUGGGGGUGCAAAGACUAUUCUGUCACUCAUGGGUUUCUGCAUUUUAGCUGCGAAUGUGAGCAGUUUUUGCGGUUCUCUUGGGACUUAAAUUCCUACAAGAGCAGAAAGCCAAGCGUGGAUUAAAAAAAUAAACCCCUAAGGGGCUUUCGUUCAUUGCAGAAUCAGUACAGAGGUCCCUCUCUUCUCUCGCCGACUCUUAUCCCAAGUGGGUGGCGACGGUGGGGAGCGCUGGGAAAGGACCGGAGCUUUUGCAUUUCACCUCUGCAAAGUGGAGGUGGAGUGGCCCGCGGCUCCGCAGGAAAGCGUCCACCGCCGAUUGCAAGUCGAGGCUCCAGUUGAGUAUAAAAGAGAUGCAAAUCCCGCAAGAAGCCACCGCACUUGUCAGCGGAUCUGGUGAUUGAUAAAGUCCCUGGGGCUCUGCACCGGUCACCUCCCUCAAGCUCCACAACUGAACGUCGGAGCCAACCCUCGGACCCUUGCAGUCGGAACUUUACAGCCGCGGGAGACCUGAAGGCGGUGGCAGCGGCCCAGGAAGGAGCAGCAGCGCCGGGGAAAGAAGUGGGAAGAGAAGACCGUUGUCUCCUGGGAAUCCAGCACUGAAGAAACGAGGAAAAUUCUUCCAAAGAUGGUCUCCCAUUCAGAGUUAAAGAAUCUUUUCUGUUCAGCUGAUGCAGUGUGCUUUGAUGUUGAUAGCACCGUCAUCCAAGAAGAAGGAAUUGAUGAGCUGGCCAAAUUCUGUGGAGUUGAGGAUGCCGUGUCAGAAAUGACACGGCGAGCCAUGGGCGGGGCAGUGCCUUUCAAGGCUGCCCUCACAGAGCGCUUAGCUCUGAUCCAGCCCUCCAGGGAACAGGUGCAGAGGCUCCUAGCAGAGCACCCCCCGCACCUGACCCCCGGCAUAAGGGAGCUAGUAAGUCGCCUACAAGAACGAAAUGUUCAGGUUUUCCUGAUAUCUGGUGGCUUUAGGAGCAUUGUGGAACAUGUUGCUUCAAAGCUCAACAUUCCAUCAACCAAUGUAUUUGCCAAUAGGCUAAAGUUCUACUUUAACGGUGAAUAUGCAGGUUUUGAUGAGACGCAACCAACAGCUGAAUCUGGUGGGAAAGGAAAAGUUAUUAAAUUUUUAAAGGAAAAAUUUCAUUUCAAGAAGAUCAUCAUGGUUGGAGAUGGAGCCACAGACAUGGAAGCCUGUCCUCCUGCUGAUGCUUUCAUUGGAUUUGGAGGAAAUGUGAUCAGGCAGCAAGUAAAGGAUAACGCGGAAUGGUACAUCACUGAUUUUAUAGAGCUUCUGGGAGCACUGGAAGAAUAAGAUCCAUUUUUAUAAAGUUCAUAACUUCAGGUUAAUUUUAAAAAAUUAUGCAGUUUGAUACUGUUUGCUUCCAAUUGCUGAUUACAACCCAGUCUAUGAAUUUUGUAUUGAUUAUCUGUACCUCCAAGUAAACGAUAGUUAGGGCUCAUAGAACAUUGUGGUUUGUUUUUUUAAACUGUAGUUCCAGUAUUAUUUUGACCAUUGAAUUGCCUGGAGAGUUUUAUAAUCUGAAUUCUUUAUCAAUCUAUCAAUUCUUUAUCAGUCAAUUCUAGCUAUGUUUGAUUUGAAGGCUUUGGAAGGUGGAUGGUAAAUUAAACACCUUCACUAUUGGGAAUGUGGAUUAGGCAGCUUUAAAUGAAAUUGGUUUUCCCUUUAUAUACAAAUAAAAAUUUAUGCAUAUAUCAAAA